GCAAAUCAAGCGUCUACAAGGUGACCCCUGAAAGUCCAAAACAAUUCAGUCUACUUGCCGGGUCGUCUGUAGUACAUAACUGUUCCGAACGCCGUCUAGCAUUAAUAAAAUUGUCGUAGAUAACUGAGGGUGGCAAAAGAACAACAUGGCAACACCCCAAUCGGACGUGGAGCGCAGGAAGCAGAUCAGCGUGAGGGGUAUCGCCGAAAUCGACGACGUGAACGAGAUCAAAAAGACAUUUAACAGGCACGUCCACUACACCCUGGUGAAGGACAGGAAUGUGGCCACUUCCAGGGACUACUAUUUCGCCCUUGCCCAUACAGUGAGGGACCACUUGGUGUCGAGAUGGAUCCGAACCCAGCAACAUUACUACAACAUCGAUCCCAAGAGAGUUUACUACCUUUCUUUGGAAUUCUACAUGGGCAGAAGUUUGUCCAACACCAUGAUUAAUCUGGGCAUCCAGUCUUCCUGUGACGAAGCUUUAUACCAGCUGGGACUGGACAUCGAAGAGCUGGAAGAACUUGAAGAAGAUGCCGGCUUAGGAAAUGGAGGCCUGGGAAGAUUGGCAGCUUGUUUCCUAGACUCUAUGGCAACCUUAGGUAUGGCUGCUUACGGUUAUGGUAUCCGUUACGAAUACGGUAUUUUCGCACAAAAGAUCGUCAAUGGCGAACAACAAGAAGAACCAGACGACUGGCUACGGUUUGGCAACCCAUGGGAAAAAGCCCGUCCAGAAUAUAUGCUUCCUGUCAACUUCUAUGGCAACGUAAUAGACACACCCGAGGGCAAGAAAUGGGUAAAUACCCAGGUAAUAUUUGCCCUGCCGUACGACAACCCCAUUCCAGGGUACAAGAACAACGUCGUGAACACUUUGAGACUGUGGAGUGCCAAAAGUCCUGUUGAUUUCAACUUGAAGUUCUUCAACGAUGGUGACUAUAUCCAGGCAGUUAUUGACAGAAACCUGGCAGAAAACAUAUCCAGAGUACUCUAUCCCAACGACAAUUUCUUCGAAGGCAAAGAACUGCGUUUGAAGCAGGAAUACUUUAUGGUAGCAGCUACGCUUCAAGAUAUCAUUCGUCGGUUCAAAUCUGCCAAAUUUGGAACCAGGGCAUCCACAAGGAACAGUUUUGAAGAAUUUCCUGAUAAGGUUGCUAUUCAAUUAAAUGACACCCAUCCUUCGUUGGCUAUUCCCGAACUCAUGAGAUUACUGGUAGAUGUAGAAGGCUUGAGUUGGGACCAAGCAUGGGACAUUACAACAAGAACUUGUGCCUACACUAACCACACAGUUUUGCCUGAAGCUCUGGAAAGAUGGCCUGUUAGUUUGUUCCAGAACAUUUUGCCCAGGCACUUGGACAUCAUCUACAAGAUCAACCAUAUCCAUUUGGAAAACGUGUUGAAGAAAUGGCCUGGUGAUUUGGAGAGGAUGAGAGCAAUGUCACUGGUGGAGGAAGACGGCGACAAAAGAAUCAACAUGGCCAAUUUGAGUAUAGUAGGAAGCCAUGCUGUCAACGGUGUCGCCAGGAUCCAUUCUGAAAUUAUUAAAGACGAUUUGUUUAAAAACUUCUACGAACUCUCGCCCGAAAAAUUCCAAAACAAAACGAACGGAAUCACGCCCAGAAGGUGGCUGUUGCUGUGCAACCCCGGCCUGAGCGACUUGAUCUCGGAGAAAAUCGGCGAAAAAUGGAUAGUCCACCUGGACGAACUGCAAAAACUCAAGGCCUACGCCAAAGAGCCCGCCUUCCAAAGAGCCGUUAUGAAAGUCAAGCAAGAGAACAAGCUGAGACUGGCCCAAAUCCUCGAAAGGGAGUACGGCGUCAAAGUGAACCCGGCCUCGAUGUUCGACAUUCACGUUAAACGUAUUCACGAGUACAAACGGCAGUUGUUGAACGUUCUCCACAUUAUCACCCUGUACAACAGGAUCAAGAAGAAUCCUUCGGCGAAGUUCGCGCCUAGGACUGUGAUGAUCGGGGGUAAAGCUGCUCCUGGGUAUUAUACAGCGAAAAAGAUCAUUAAGUUGAUUAACUAUGUGGCUAAUGUUGUGAAUAAUGAUCCCAUAGUUGGAGACAAAUUGAAGGUGAUUUUCCUCGAAAACUACCGAGUAACGUUGGCUGAAAAAAUCAUUCCCGCUGCGGACUUGAGCGAGCAAAUUUCCACGGCGGGUACAGAAGCUUCUGGAACUGGUAACAUGAAGUUCCAACUGAAUGGAGCUCUAACCAUUGGUACACUGGACGGUGCCAAUGUGGAAAUGGCUGAGGAGAUGGGCAGGGAAAAUAUCUUCAUCUUCGGAAUGACAGUUGAAGAAGUUGAAGCCCUUAAACAAAAAGGUUACAACGCUUAUGAUUAUUAUAAUUCUAAUCCUGAACUGAAGCAAGUGGUGGACCAAAUCCAGAAUGGCUUCUUCAGUCCAAAUAAUUCAGAUGAAUUCAAAGAUCUAGCCGACAUUCUGUUGAAGUACGACCGAUUUUAUUUGCUGGCCGAUUAUGCCGCUUAUAUUAAGAAACAAGAGGAAGUCAGUACAACCUAUCAGGAUCAAUCUAAAUGGCUGGAGAUGGCCAUCAACAACAUUGCCACGUCCGGCAAAUUCUCCAGUGACCGUACCAUCAUUGAAUAUGGCCGAGAAAUUUGGGGCGUGGAACCUAGCUACGAACAGCUACCCGACCCCUCAGUACCUAGAGAACUAGCUUUAAAAGACAAUUAAACUUCCAACUUAAGUUAAAGACAUCUAAAUCAAUAACGAAAUAAGAUCUUCGCUUCUUGGAAUCUUAAAAGUGAUAUAAUUUUGAUAGAUUGGGCAUAAUUUUUUAUAAACACGCUGCCUCCUUUAUAUUAUGGUGUCAUCGAAUGAAAAUCGCGUCAUAGUAGGCAUAGAAAUUACAUUAAAGUUACUAUUUAACACAGCUAAAAUGAUAUUUCUAUGUCCGUUGUGACGUUAUACUUAUUUGAUCGAUAUUUGUAGAUAAAUAUAACAAAUUAUAAAAUUAUUUUUCAAAGUUCGCACAUAUUGUAUAAACGCAUAUAGAAAUAUUUAUAGUAUAAAGUUAUUUUGUUCAUU